UACGUCAACGAGAGAAUAUGAUGCCUCCUGCAACUCAACUCAUGUACUUUAGCUAAUAUAGGUAGCUAGCUGAAACAGUAUAGCUCUAUUGUAUUGGAGAACGUGGCGUGACAGCCGUAAAAUGUAUUCUGUCGUCUCGUUGGUCUGAAGGGUCGUUAACGUUCAAACUGGCCGGGCGACCGAGAAAUGGACUUUGUCUAUUUUGAAUAGACAACAUUUUAGCGGGCGGUUUGUUUUCCCUUCAACAUCUGUAGGCUCAAGUCGCGAGUCCCUAGGUCCUCACCCCCAAACCACAUUUAAUAAAGCAUGGUCAUGGCUGACAAUCACCAAAAACCGAUGGUCCGGGGUCCUGUCCGAGUGGGCUUCUACGAUAUCGAACGUACUCUAGGAAAGGGUAAUUUCGCAGUUGUGAAGCUGGCUCGACAUCGCAUUACCAAGACUGAGGUUGCCAUUAAAAUCAUCGACAAGAGCCAACUAGAUGCUGUGAACCUGGAGAAAAUCUACCGGGAGGUACAGAUCAUGAAAAUGUUGGACCACCCGCACAUCAUCAAGUUGUACCAGGUAAUGGAGACCAAGAACAUGCUCUACUUGGUGACAGAGUAUGCCAAAAACGGGGAGAUUUUCGACUACCUGGCCAAACACGGGAGACUGAGCGAGCUGGAAGCGCGGCGCAAGUUCUGGCAGAUCCUGUCAGCGGUGGAGUACUGCCACAACCGCAACAUAGUCCACCGAGACCUGAAGGCUGAGAACCUGCUGCUGGACGGACACAUGAACAUCAAGAUAGCAGAUUUUGGCUUCGGGAACUUCUUCCAGCCCGGAGAGCCCCUGGCCACGUGGUGCGGCAGCCCGCCCUACGCCGCUCCGGAGGUGUUCGAGGGACAACAGUACGAGGGCCCCCAGCUGGACAUCUGGAGUAUGGGGGUGGUGCUGUACGUGCUGGUGUGUGGCGCCCUGCCCUUCGAUGGCCCCACCCUGCCCGUGCUCCGACAGCGCGUCUUGGAGGGUCGCUUCCGCAUCCCCUACUUCAUGACAGAAGACUGCGAGCACCUGAUCCGGAGGAUGCUGGUGCUGGACCCGUCCAAGCGUCUGUCGGUAGCCCAGAUCAAGGAGCACAAGUGGAUGGCACUGGACGUGCCGGUGCAGAGGCCCAUGCUGUACCAGCAGGAGAGCGACCUGUGCGUGGGCGAGUACAGUGAGCAGGUUCUGCGGCUCAUGCACAGCCUGGGCAUCGACCAACACAAGACAAUCGAGUCGCUCCAGAACAAGAGUUACAACCACUUUGCUGCUAUCUACUACCUGCUGGUGGAGCGUCUCAAGUCCCACCGCUGCAGCUUUCCUGUGGAGCAGCGGCUUGACGUACACCAGCGCCGGCCCAGCACCAGCGCCGAGCAGACUGUCGUCAAGCCGAGCGGUGGCUCCCCCCAGGUGGGUCUCUUGCCCCAGGGGGUGCGGGGUCUCCUACGCUCCCCGGCCCUGCCCCAAGCCUCGGCCGAUGCCUUUAACUUCCCGCAGUCGCCUCUUCUGCCUGAGCACAGCUUCAUGGUCGAGGACGUGGCCACUCCUAAAGUGAAUGGCUGCAUGCUGGACCCCCUGCCCCCCACAGUGCUGCGCAAGUCCAGCGCGUCGUCACCCAGUAACAUGAUGGAGACGUCCAUCGACGAGGGCAUAGAGACGGAGGAACCCGACGCCGAGGACGACCCCGCCCACCUCUUCUCCGCCUUCCAGACGGCCCGCUUCGGCCAGCGCCGACACACCCUGUCCGAGGUCACUAACCAGCUGGGCCCCGUCAUCAACCAAGGUAAACUGUUCACCAUGGGCCACAACCCGUCCCUGGGCAGCGUGGACUCUGACAUGGGCUACGACAUGGGCUCCUUGCACAGUGACCUGGGUCUGCUGGAGGACACUCCCUCUCUCAGCGAGGUGGUCCUGGCCAACACCCACAGUUCGGGGCCCCACAUGACCCAGGGCCCCUUCAUGAGCCAGCGGCCCCCCAACCCCACCAUGCAGAGCCUGAGCUCCCAAAGGAGGGAGGCCCACAAUCGCUCGCCCAUCAGCUUCAGGGAGGGCCGCCGCGCUUCCGACACCUCCCUCACACAAGGUCUGGUUGCAUUCCGGCAGCAUCUCCAGAACCUGGCGCGGACCAAAGGCAUCCUAGAGCUGAACAAGCAGAUGUAUGAGCAGAUGGGCUCUGGGGAGGACCCAUCCUCCAUGAGGAUCCUGGGGCCCCAUGCAAACCUGCAGAACCUGCUGGACCCUAAGCUGCAGGGAGAGGCAUCCAAGCCCGAAAAUAACUUGGCUUUAUACCAGGGUGGCGCCCAACCUCUACUGUCCAGAAGACAAAGUCUCGAGACGCAAUAUCUCACGCACAGACUACAGAAAGCUAGUGUCAUGGCUAAUGUGAGUCCUGCUAGCUGCCAGCUCUUCUGUAAGGAGAAUCCUCGGAGUCUAGAGCAACAGCUGCAGGAGCAUAGGUUGCACCAGAAGAGGAUGUACCUCCAGAAGCAGACACACCUCCAAACCUACUUCAACCAGAUGCAGAUAGUAGAGGGUUCCUAUCCAGGGGACCCAGGGGCCCCUCCACAGCAGCAGGGGGCAAUGGCUGGGGCCCACAAGCAGCAGGGCAGCUCCCAGUCCUCCCCUCCCUACACCCAGGCCCUCAGCCCCCUCAUGGAGCCCAGCGACAACCUGGUCUACGACACCUACCUGGCCCACCACUACCCCCACCCUCACUCCCACCUCAGCCCAGUACUCAUGCCCCCCGGCCUGGCCUGCCAGCUGCAGAAUCACCCUCCCGAGGCCCUGGGCUACAGCUACCAGCUGUGUGACCAGCAGGGACAGUUUCACUCCCCUCAAGAGGCACUUUAUCCAGAACAAUACGAGUUCCCCCUGGAGCCCGGGCAGCCACACCCGCCUGGCCCAGGAGAGGCACCUGUGGCCGGGUACGAGGGGCUGGCACUCCCCGCCGAACUCCAGGACUCCUUUCUGGACAGCGAGAUGAUGGAGACUGUAGACUCGCAGCACGGCUUCGUACUGGUGAACUGAAGCCGGUGGAACUGUGGGGAGAAAGCGGUAUUACCGACAGUUGAAAACCUACACAGCAUUAUGUCGUAGAUAUGAUGGAGUGGAGAUGGGGGUCAAGGUACAUGGGAAAGUUUUUUUUUUUUUUUUUUUUUUUGUAUCAAUGAAUACUAUUUUUGUUGUUGUGGUGAACCAACCUCAGAACCUUUCUACCAAAAUCAUCCCCAUCUCCCUUCUUCCCACUCCUCUGUUCCCAUCAGCCCUAUGCUAGGACCCAGGCCUGGUGGCUGCCUGGGCGAUAAGGGCGUGCCAGGGUACGGGUAUAUGGCUGGGUAUAUGUGGAUGGAUGUUGCCAUGAUGGGAGGUGUCACGUGUGAAGUGAUAUCGCUCCACAGGAACACAAAUUGCCUCAAGGCUGACAGCAGCCUCGUCGAGAAGAGCUGGACGGUAAAAAAGACUUAGUGCAGUUUGGUCGUUUGGAAGACAUGCACAACGGAACUUGGCUUACCGAAAGCACAAUCCAAACGACAACCAUGCUAUUUUGUAUUGAAAUAGGACAAGAACUCUAAAACACAUUGCGUGUUUGACAUAGUAAAACAAGAAACGAACAAGAGACAAAAGUAAUGAAUUAAUGCGCGCUUGAUAAGUGCAAUGUUCGUCAAUAUUUUAUCGUGGCAAUAUUGAAGCAAUAUAUCCAUCUGGGACUAGGAAGCCGCACGGGCGACUUCCUCACCAGAAAGUCAUACUUUAUUGUGACGUUUCUCGGGAGAAUUCCAGUAUGAUGACUCACAUCCAACAUAUCCACAGUGACAGCUCAUCACCGCAUAGACAGCGACGACGUAAUCGUGAGAUAAUCCCCCCCACCAAUCCCAUCGAAGCAGAUAAAAGGGAAGGAAAAAAUUCAAAAAUAGUACUCCAAUCUAUAUUUAAUGAAGAGAAACACGAUUUAUGUUCAUGUUCCUUAUAAAUGGGGUAGUUAUUUCCAACGAACCACACAAAUCAGUUUGGGAAGCCCUUCACUAGGCACUAAAAGGAAUAAGUUAAGUCCAAUCAAAUCAGUUUGCUGCACUAGUGUUAGGUGAGGGUUUUAUCUCCAGAUCUUGUCCUUAUACCUUCUGGGAUGUGCAGCUGAUGUGGGCCUAACCGUGUUGAGGUAGAAAACAUCUAAUCAUGAUUCUGUGGUGUAAUAUACCUAAAUACCUACUGGUUUUCUGAAGGAAUGUGUUUCUCUAACCUAAAGGUUGCUGUAGAAAAAUAUGUAUAAUGAGAUGAAGGAAAAGACAAAUGUAAGAACGGAACGUUAGUCACACAACACUGGAUUAAUUGUGUCAAGUUUCACAAUGGCUCUCUCACAGCAAGCUUAGAAUGAAUACUUCACUUUUGAAUCUACUUGAAGCAUACAGAUCUCUGAUGAAGACAUAGAACUCUACUUUUCAUGAAAUAGGAUGAAAAACAGAAGUAGUCGAGGUCCGAGGCAAAGUCUGCUUCUCAAAAUGGCAGCCUAUUCCCUACAUAGUUACACUGCUUUUAUGGGCUCUGGUCAAAGUAGUGCACUAUAUAGGUAUACGGGUGCCAUUUGGGACACUGCCAUAGACUAGACUACAGGAUUGUCUGUGGAUGCUGAAUUACUGGAGCACUUUUACAAGGUAAAAAAAGGAAAUAUAGCGAGAGCGAGGUGGUGGUGGUCGUCAGAAUGGUGCUUAGCCUAGUCUGCUGCUUCCCCGGGAGACUAAAACAAAAGCGAGGGAACCAUUCACUCUCUGUUAUCCCAAUAAAUGGGCACAAAACAUUUGGUUCUAUCAAAGAAAGAGCAGAGAAUAACACUAUUGGUUGUUCAUUGUGCUUUGUAAAAAAAUAAAAUAAAAUUGGGGUUUAGAGACUUGAGUGCUCUCAAGAUGCAACAAAUAUUGUGUUGAGUGUGAAUAGUGUUCAGUGUGCCUUUUUUUACUUGUUUUGUUGAAGAUUAGAGUAUUUUAGCGUUUCAUUUCUAGUUUUAAUUCCCGUUCUGUUUUUAUUUUGGGGUAUCCUUUCCGGAAAUAAGUAGACCCAGGUUUUUACAAAAGGUACGAAACCAAAGUCCCCUCAGACAUUUCCCUGUCCAACCACACCAUGUGGAGUUAGGAGCUUCUUGGUUUUAGCUUCUUGACAGUGCUUUUUUGGUCCAUCAGUAUAUGCCAUUUAAAAAAAGUAUUAUAGCAAUAUUUCUAAGUAAUAGUUGAAGAUGUAAAGAAAAUCAUUAAGAUUAGGAGUGGAUGUGUUUCAGUAUCAUAAUUUCACUUCUUGCUGACAAACGCCUGUCUUUAGAAAAUCCAAUUUUAUAUUUACCUUCAUUGAUGUUGACCACACAUAAGCUAACUUGCUGUUGAGAUUAAAAAAAGGUUUAUCGAACAA